AUGGUGCGAGAUUGCUGUCUAGCUCUCUCUUCUUGCUCUGCAGUCUGCACUCUGCACGGAGCUCAAGAAAUAGCAAAGGUGGCUAGUGUGGUGAUCAAUGGCUGCUCCUUCCGGUCCCGGUCAGGAACCAUCGGCGGGGAAGCAGUUCAGCUACCAGCUCGCCGCUGCUGUGAGGAGCAUCAACUGGACGUUUUGGAGGACUCGGACAUGGUGCAUCAGAUCGGCACAUCUUUCUGGGAGCUUCACUUACCGUCGUUCUCGGCAUGCCUGGAGUCAGAGGAGCCAAGCUCCAACCCAUCAUUAGCAAACGAAACCAGCGAGGCUGGCAUCAUGUUGAAAGAUCUCGAUCACAACGCCAUUGAGGGGAUGAUCUCUGAGCUAAGGGAGGUCGAGUGCCUCUCUGACGUCAACCUUGAGCGCGUCACAAAGGAUAUGGAUGAGUUCCACUUCCUCCUCGAGGGGCUGGACAGGUGUGCUCGCGAGGACAACUGGGUCAUGGACAUGUCCUUUGAGUUCAUUUCUUCCCCGCAAAUGGUGCCGUCUAUGGAGUCCCCAUGCACGGAAGAUGUGAUCGUCACUUUAAGUAGCUCCGUUCAAGGUACUCGACCAUCCUGUUUUAUAGCCUGGAGGAGGUCACCGGAGUUGAAAGAUAUGGUUGCGCGGGUCACCGACACCAAGGAGUCACAGAAGUUGCUAAAGAAAAUUGUGGCUGGCGGUGCAUGGACGAACAAUGGUGAUGGUGGCAGUAUUGCGAGAGCUCAGGAAAGUAACAUCAAGACCCAUGUCAUAUCAGAGAGAAGGCGUCGCGAGAGGCUCAACGAGAUGUUCAUGGUUCUCAAGUCACUGGUCCCAUCCAUUCACAAGGUGGACAAAGCAUCAAUCCUCCUAGAAACGAUAGCUUAUCUCAAGGAGCUGGAGCAAAGGGUAAAAGAGCUAGAAUCCAACAGGGCAACAAUAGAAUGGAGGCUCCAUGAUGUCGUAGGCGGGAAGAAGAAUGUCUCAGCUGGAUCCAAGAGGAAGGCAUUGGAGAGGGAGCAUAAUGAUGGCCAGAGCAACAUUGUCAAUGUGGCCGAGAUGUAGGGAUUAUCUGUGUCCUACAACUAUUUAAUCCCAUUUGGAAAU